AUGAAGGUCUUUUCAUGGAUUCUCGUAUCCGGGUUGGUGCUAUCUGGAACUGACAAGCAAGCGACAGCCGCACCAAUCUUCAAAGACGUCGCACACCAAAUCGGCUACGAUGCCAAGCAAGCUGCUGCAGCCGGUGAUGCCGUGUACAAUGGCCUUGAGGCGUUGUUUUCUGCGCUCAAAAAUUUGGACCCGUUCAAGCCGAUAAUGUACCCAGAAGUGGCAGGGACACUGGGCACCAUUGAAACAUUUGGCGGGGUUAUCAGCAAUCUGGUGAGCUGGGUGGUAAAGGUGGCAAUAAACUACGUGUACACCAGCGACAUUGGCAACGACACGCCGUACAUUGGCGAGCUGAUCCGGCAGGCCAGCGCCGAGGUGCCACCCGAGUACCGAAGCGCGAUACUCCGAAUGGUACACGAGCUGAGUUUGGAUGCAAUCGAUUAA